AUGCGUCCAAUCCUUGAGACUCCGCAAAGGAUUUUGUUCCUCACUACGCAACAGCCCCAUACGAUAAGGGCAGAAUGGCCAUUUUAUCAAAACUACGAUUUGCCCGGUCUCCUAUUGGAGAAAGGAGCCCAGGUCACGCUCAAAUGUUGGAUGGAUGAAGAUAUCGUGACAGUGCUCAGUCAGUUCGACGUGGUCACCUUCCUUUGGUGCAAUGAGUACUAUAAACAUCCCAAAAAGUUUUUCGCCUUUCUUGACAAAGCUGAAAAGUUGGUGUGGAGCCUGCCAGGUGCCCCUCUGUCCAACAUUCCUCGCAUCAUCAACAACACAAAACUUGUCCGGUGGAAUGCGGACAAACGGUACUUGCUGGAUAUGGAGCAGGAAGGCUUCAUUAUUCCUAAGACCAAAAUGGUGGAUCCUCGGAAGUACAGUGUAACUGAAUUGAAUGCCCUGGUGCAUGAAUUCCUUCCGUCGGGGUCUGUGGUCCUGAAACCAUCGAUAUCUGCAUCCUCCACGCUAACCCGGCGGAUCACAAACACAUCAGCACUUUUACCGGAUGACUUGACCUUCCUCGAGCUUUGCACCGUUGGGGGUCUCCGGAGUUCUUUGCUGAUUCAGAAAUUCGAACCUGCAAUAUCAACGGGAGAGUAUUCAUUCGUCUUUGUGGGUUCUCAUCUCAGACAUGCCAUGAUCAAAUCUCCCCAGAAAGGAGACUUCCGAGUCCAGGACGAGUAUGGUGGAUCCGCUAGGCUAGCAAGCCUCCUCGAUAUCAAGCUACAGAGUCUCCAAGUGGUUCAGAAUGUUUUCAACUCACUUCAACGCCGCUUCGGAUACGAGUUCACGGAGGGCGUGAGCUCCGGGGAGAUUGGCUACGUGCGGAUUGACGGUCUUAUCACGGAGGAUCGGCCAUUCGUUUUGAUGGAGGUCGAAGCCAUCGAGCCCCAUCUGUGGCUCGAGACCGGAAAAGGAAUCUCCGGGAUGUUUUCCCUCCUCUUGGAAGCAUCAUAG